AUGAAUUUAACAUAAUUAGAGUCCAUCUUUCAAUCAUUGAACUCUUAAAAAACACCUCCUUCUUAAUGGACAAUAGACCAAAUACGAAAUUUUUGUGAUCAUUACAAACUUGAAUGGGCUAAAGAAAUAUUAAGAGUAUUAAAUUGAAGCUUAUGAUUUUUAGAUUCAUAAUAAUAAACAAUUAAAUGUAGAUCAUUUACUUUUAAAUAAUGUACUUGGUGCCAAAUAAAAAAGACAUCAUGAUAAAGUCUAAGAUAAAAUAUCAAUUUUAGAGGCUUAAGGAUUACAGAAUGAUGUUAUAAAGGAAGUUUGUUUGGCAAAUUAAUUCUUUUAUCGUAAUUUUAUCGAUAAAAACAUUCAAUAUCAAAUCAUUAAAUUAAAAAUAUGGUCAUUCAUCCUUAAUAUGUAUGAGGCUAAUCGUCAAUCACUUAAAAGAUUAUAAGGAUUGCAUAGAAGUAAAAUAUGUACAAGAGGAAAAUGUUGUAGAUGUUCUGGACCUGAAGGAAAAUGUACAUGUGAAUUACUAUAAGAAAUUCUUUAGUAAAUUAAUUGUUAUGUUAAGUAAAUAUUUAUAUCAGAUAAAACAAUUGAACAUAGAAGAAAUAAUGACAUUUAUAUAAAAUCAAAUCUCAUUAAACUUUUAUACACUAAUACAUAAUAUUUACCUAAAGAAUCUCCACUUUUUUGGGAUAUUGAUUAAGUAAGUGUUCUAUUAAAAAUUGUUAAAUUGGAUUGUUUAGAUUAACUUUUUAGAUAAAAUCUAAUUGAUGGAUUUGUGAUUUCUGUUUUGGGUAAAUGCCCAUUUACAGAAACCAGUUAAUUACUUAAACUAUUUGAUUUCAAUUUAUCAAAUAAUACAAAAAUUCAAAAUAUUAGAUUAUAGACUCAUUCUAAACUUACUUAACUUUAAAAAUAUACCUAUAUUCAAAAUGUCUUUUUAAUGUUAUAUUACUUAGCCAAUACAUUAAAUUAAACUAUUUAUAAUUGUUUAGAAAUUGAUCAAUUUUAAACAGAAGGUUAAUAAAUUAAUCAUUUUGAUUAUUAUGAUUUAUUCUAUUUUAAAGCCAAAUGUCCAUAAUUUUGGAAGAAAUCUCCUGAUAAAAAAGCAUAAACAUCAGAUAACUUAGAAACUUUUAAAGUUUUCAAUUUAGAAGGUGGUCGACAUGAAUCAAUUGCCAUAGAUGCUUUUAGAUCUAAUUCAGUUAAUCAUGUUAAAACUAAUGUUGAUGUAUAGAAAAUUUAAAAGGCUUCUUCAGGAAUAGAAAGUAGUGUACGUUAAAGACAGGAUCUAAUUUAUUGCUAAAAAGAAUUAGAAUAGAAAGCUCAAAAUAUUUCAAUUACUGAUGCUAUUACAAAUGAAACUACAACUACUGAAGCCACUCCUUUAAUAGAUUCUUCCAAAAAUUCAACUGAUAACUAAAAAAAUAUGUAAGAAUCUGUUUAUUUUACAUAACAUUAAGAAAUGCAAGAAAGUGUAUGUUUCUAAACACCAUAAUAAUAAUAAAUGCAAGAGUCUGUAUAUUUUCCAUAAUAAGAUAUUAAGCCAAUGUAAGAAUCUAUGCAUUUUCCUUAAAUACAAAACUAACAUCAAUAAAUGUAAGAAUCUGUAAUUUUCCCAUAAAAUGAGUAAAGAUAAAUGUAAGAAUCAGUUUAUUUUAUUCCUCCUUAAUAAUAAUAAUAAUAAUAAUAAUAAAUGUAAGAGUCAGUUUACUUUCCUUAAUAAGAAAAGUAAGAGAAAUUGAUGGAAGGAUCUGUUUAUUUUUCUAAUACAAUGUAAGGUUCUGUGGCAUUUCCUUAAAAUUAAUCUUAAUAAAUGCAACAAUCAGUAAUUUUUUAAGAUCCAAAUAACAAUGGUUUAGGUUAAUCAGAAAUGGUAGGAUAAUCAGUAAUGAUGGGUUAAUCUGUAUUCGUUAAUAAUAAUAAUAAUAAUAAUAAUAAUACUAAAAAAGCUUAAGAUCCUUUUGGCUAAUCCAUAAAUAUUUAACACAUAAUUAAUGAAGUAUAAAAAGAUUAAGAUAAGAAAAUAUAUGAAAAUAAUACUAAGACACAAGGUUCUACUUAAUAAUAAAGUGAUAAAAAGAAAGAUGAAGUAUAAAAUAGAACUCCAACUAGAUAAAAAAGAAUAAAAUUGAUUACAUCUAUUGAAUCAGCUACUUUAUAAAGUGUUAUAAUUAAUCCAUUUAUUCUAAAUGUCAGUCAUCAAAUGAAGAUUAAAUCUGAACAAUUUCAUAAAGUAAAUAAUUAUACAAUACAAUUUAGAUAUUGCUUAUAAAUUUGAUUGGAGCAACAUUCGGUAGAAGUUAGGAUAAUCAGUAUAUACUAUAAGAUUAAUCCAAGAUUUCCUCAAAACAUGCCAGGAUCAUAGUUGUUAAUGGUAUUUUUAUGAAAUAGAAAAGAUAGGUUUCAUUUAUAGGAUUUAGGAUCUAAAAGAGGGACUUUUGUAAAUGCUUAUAAAAUGAGAAUAUAAAAAGCUAUGGUAUUUUAUAUUGGAGACAAACAAGCUUUUUAAAUAAUAGAUGUAAACGAAAAAGAGGGAAUCUUAAUUCUUGCAUUUGAUAAAGAAUAAAUUGAUACAAAACAAAUUAAUCUAAAAAUUGGUGAAACUUGGUGUAUAGGUAGAGAUUUAAAGAGAGCUAAUUACUAAUUCAUAGGAUAUCCAAUACAUCAAUCAUUAUCUUAAAUCCAUUGCAUAAUUUCUUAUGUAUAAAAAGAUGGGAUACCAAAAUUCAUUAUAGAUGAUUAAAAUUCAAAAAAUGGAACUUGGUUAAGAUUAAGCGAUAAGAAAUUAUUGAGUGAACCUUAAAUAUUAUUAAGAAAUAGUAAAUUCAACUUGGCAUUUGAAAUAUAAUAUGAAGUGAUUGAUGUUUAUUAUUAAAAUAAUUAAUGA